AAUACUGACUCUUUAACGAGAUCCGAAGACGCCGUCCGACCCCUGCUACCUUGGUCCUGAGCAGUGACCAGUCUUCACCAGAAAUCGACGAAGAUCGGCUCCCCAACCCUCUGUUGAAGCCGGGUCUGUCAAUGUCUCCGAGACAGAGGAAGAAGGUCUCCCGUACCACGCCAACCAUGAAAGAGCUCCAGAUGAUGGUUGAGCACCAUCUCUUGAAGCAGCAGGGGGACGAGGAGGACAUCAGCACCGGCAGCCAGGAGCCGCACAGUCCCAGCACAUGCUGCCCUCAUGCCAACUCUGAGCCCGGCCACAGUCCUGGGAGUUGCCCCUUGGCCAAAGCUCACGCCCAGCUGGAAUCGAAGCAGGACGAGCACUCCGGGCUGGAAGAACGUGAUGCUCUGGUUCAAAUGCAGCGGGUCGCUUCCGAACACAGAAAGACAGGGCUGGUGCCCGCUUGAUGGAAUAUCACACAGCUGUUUUUUCUUUUAUUUUGUAAAAAUGAUUGUUUUUUAAUAUUUCAAUGGCUGUUCAGAUGUUUGUAAUGUUUUCUUUAAAAAACAAAAAAACAAAGAAAAGAUCAAACAGCCCAAGGGCAAGGUUAUAUGUAAGUAGGACGUGAUUAAUCCUUGGCUAGUAGGGUUGUUUUUAUUUUAUUUUUUUAGUCGGAGUGGGGAGCUCUGUGGUCUCCCGCAUAACCCUAGAUCGCUGUCACAAACAGCAAAUGGAGGCAUGUUACAGGAGGAACUCGCACAACUGGACACGCCUCCCCUUCGAAACAAAAAAUCUCCACACAGAAAACUAGGAUGAAGAAUUGUGGCCCAACUGUUUGUUCUGUGCGCAAGAACUUUUGGGGGAGCGGGCACGCAGUCAUCGAAGCCCCCAACCUGCAGUCUGAAGUGACCCAACCUGGCACCAGCUUUCCAGCUGCCCUUUUGUGAAAACUAGGCCUCAGGCCUCGUUCCGUUCCACAAGGCCUCAUUUUCCAAUACAGUAUGACAAAGGUGUUUUUAUAGCUACGUCCUUAUUCUCCAACUCUUAUAUUCCUUUCUACUCCCGCCCCGCCUUAUUCUUGGUGGGACAAUCCAUGCCACUUCCCACAGUGCCUUGGGAGGAACCAAGGACUGGGAAUAGCGGGAAAAGGGUGGUUAACAGGCUGCCACUGCUCUCGAAUUAACGCCACCCAAAUUAACACUGUCAGUGGAAAGGGACUUCAGUAGGCCUUGCGCUCUACUCGUUGCUAUGGUUACUGUCUUCUUGGUAAAGUAGCCCUAUGGGUUGAAAUGGGUCAGGCCGAAUGAGAGGGUCUUUUUGCCCCCUUUACUCCCCACAACACUGGGGAAUGGUGCUCCACAGCAAUGCCUUUUGGGAAUGAAAAAACGGUAGGUUCCCUCCUUUUGAAGCAAACAUACAAGCCUUAGCAGUAGUAUGUAGAGGUGUUCCUUUUAUAAUACGGUAACGAAUGCUUGAAAUAUCUGCCUCUUUGGGCUGGUCGAGUUCCUAUUAUCUUUCAUUUCUCCCCUGUCUAUGAAACCUGGUCAAUGCUUCCCUCCUGCAGUAAGAGAACUGUUUCAGAGAAGGCCCACAUGGGAAUUGAGCAGCAGAAAUGUAUGUAUGUUGAGGGAUGUGGCACAAUGUAUGGGGUUGUGCGUUAAGCUGAAACCCAUCUGCUCGGGGUUUGUCAUUUGUUCAAGAGCCUAACGGCUCCAACCCCAGAUGAAGAGUCGGAGGUAGGCUGGAGACAUAUAAGCAACCACGAAGUUCCAGCAUGUGUCCCUGGAUCAUCAACGUGGUUUUACAGUGUCAGACCUCUUUUUCCUCUUGCAUACACAUGUGAAUUCUGCUUCUUUAUUAAAUGGGUCAGUUUUGCUUGGUUUGUGAGUUCUCAAAUCACUGGUGUACCCAAGGGCAUUUUGUGUGGUGCUAGAAUUGUUCAGCUGCAGACUAUUUGAAGAUGUUCUG